AAGCGGCGGCCCCGCCCUCCCCCUUCACACUGGGAUAGAGCCGAGGGGGAGAUGGCCCGGGAGAGGCGGCAUUGGCACCAUGACAUUACCCAGCCUGCUGGUGGCUCUGAUUUUAGGGACGACCCCCGCAGCGGGCAGCUUUGUCGCGGCCUCUCUUAACCCUCCCCUUGCCCCUGCUCGCGGCCCGCAGCAUCCCCGCUCGCGCCACGCCGCGCCGGCCCCCCAGCACCGGCCCGGCUGCCCGGGGGGCGAAGGGCCAGGGGGGCGCUUUGUCAACGUGACCGAGUUCGGCGCCGAGUGCCUGCCCUGGGCGGAGGUGCCCGCUUUCCUGCAGAAGACCCCGCAGGGGAAGGGGCUGCGGGGCCAGCACAACUUCUGCAGGAACCCCGACGGCAGGAGCAGACCCUGGUGCUUCUACCGGAACAGCCGGGGCAGGGUGGACUGGGGCUACUGUGACUGCAAACAAGGGUCAGUGCGACUUCGAGGUGGCAAGAAUGAGUUUGAAGGCACAGUUGAAGUUUAUUUGAAUGGAAUUUGGGGAACAAUCUGCAGCAGUCAUUGGGACAAUAAUGAUGCAUCAGUCAUAUGUCGGCAGCUUGAGCUUGGCAAAAGAGGUACAGCAAAGCAUACGCCAUUUUCUGGACUGGGCCUUAUCCCUGUUUAUUGGAGUGAUGUACGUUGCCAUGGUGAUGAAGAAAAUAUACUGCUGUGUGAAAAAGACAUCUGGCAGGGUGGAACAUGUCCUCAAAAAAUGGCAGCUGCUGUCAUGUGUAGCUUUUCCCAUGCCUUUAUUCCAAUCCGUCUGGCUGGCGGGAGCAAUGCUCAUGAAGGAAGAGUGGAAGUCUACCACACUGGCCAAUGGGGAACUGUCUGUGAUGACCAGUGGGAUGAUGCAGAUGCUGAAGUUGUCUGUAGGCAGCUUGGCCUUGGGGGAGUAGCCAAGGCAUGGAGCCAGGCUUACUUUGGAGAAGGCUCAGGACCAGUGCUGCUGGAUGAAGUACGUUGUACAGGGAACGAGCUGUCCAUAGAACAGUGUCCAAAGAGCUCCUGGCGAGACCACAACUGUGGCCACAAAGAAGAUGCAGGAGUUUCCUGCACACCUCUUACAGAUGGUGCAAUAAGACUAGCAGGUGGGAAAGGCAGUCAUGAAGGACGUCUGGAGGUACAUUACAGCGGGCAGUGGGGCACAGUCUGUGAUGACGGGUGGACUGAGAUGAAUACACAGGUGGUUUGUCGGCAGCUUGGAUUUAAGUAUGGAAAAAGUGCAUCAGAAAGCUACUUAGAAGAGAGGACUAGGCCUAUCUGGUUGGAUGAUGUCAGCUGCUCAGGAAAAGAAUCAACCAUUCUUCAGUGCUCAAAGAGAGAGUGGGGAAAGCAUGAUUGCAACCAUCAGGAGGAUGUCAGAAUAACCUGUCACACAGAUAAUGACAGCCAUAGAUUCUCACUGGGUCCUCCCAUCAGGCUGAUGGAUGGUGAGAAUAAGAAAGAAGGACGUGUGGAGAUUUUUAUCAAUGGCCAGUGGGGCACAAUUUGUGAUGAUGGAUGGUCUGAUAAGGAUGCAGCUGUGGUCUGUCGACAGCUUGGCUACAAAGGCUCAGCCAGAGCAAGGACUAUGGCAUAUUUUGGGGAAGGGAAAGGACCAAUCCAUGUGGAUAAUGUGAAAUGUACAGGAAGUGAGAGAUCCCUGACAGACUGCAUAAAACAGGAUAUUGGAACACACAACUGCCGUCACAGUGAAGAUGCUGGCGUGAUUUGCGACUACCUUGGCAAGAAAGCAUCCGGGAACAGUAAUAAAGAUUCCCUUGCUUCUGUUUGUGGAUUGAGGUUACUGCAUCGUCGACAGAAGCGGAUAAUUGGUGGGAAAAAUUCUUUAAGGGGCGGUUGGCCCUGGCAGGUUGCCCUCCGACUGAAAUCAUCUCAUGGUGAUGGAAGACUCUUAUGUGGUGCCACACUCAUCAGCAGCUGUUGGGUGAUCACUGCAGCACACUGUUUUAAGAGGUAUGGCAACAAUACUCGGAACUAUGCCGUGCGAGUUGGGGAUUAUCACACGCUGGUUCCUGAGGAGUAUGAGGAGGAAAUUGGAGUCCAACAGAUCGUGCUGCACAAAGAAUACAGGCCUGACAGCAACGACUAUGACAUUGCGCUAGUGAGGUUGCGGGGACCAGAAGAACAGUGUGCCAGAUUCAGCACCCAUGUCUUACCUGCAUGUUUGCCACUGAGGCGAGAGCGGCCACAGAAAACUGCCCCCAGCUGUUACAUCACUGGGUGGGGUGACACAGGAAGGGCCUAUUCAAGAACAUUGCAACAAGCUGCCAUCCCCCUACUUCCUAAGAGACUCUGUGAAGAGCGUUAUAAGCGAAAGUUCACAGGGAGGAUGCUCUGUGCUGGAAACCUCCAAGAACAGAAACAUGUGGACAGUUGUCAGGGAGACAGUGGUGGACCACUCAUGUGUGAACGUCCAGGGGAAAGCUGGGUUGUGUAUGGGGUUACUUCCUGGGGUUAUGGCUGUGCAAUCAAAGACUCUCCAGGUGUCUAUACCAAAGUCUCAUCCUUUGUACCCUGGAUAAAAAGUGUGACCAAAUUGUGAUCAUCCCGACUCAGAAACAGUAAGCAUUAAUAAAAGGAAGUUUCUGAGUCAGACGGGGCAGCUUGAAUAGCACAGCCAAUGCACAGCUGGGGCCCACACUGGGUGGGAAAUGGACACAUUCUUCUGUUUUGCAUGUUUUUAUUUUUGUUGAAUCAAGGAUGCAUAUUCACACUACUUGUACAGUUACAGAUUAAUGUGAAAUUUCCUUCAUGUUGAGCAAAAGUUUAUAUUUGUAUGGAAAAAUGCAAUAUACAUAAAGUUGGAGGGGAAAAGGGGCCAACAUUUUACUCCAAUAUUGGAUUGGGACAAUUUGAGAGUUCAGUAGACUAGUUACUCCCCACGAGAAGACUGCACUGGCAUUUAUGCUUCAGGUUCCUCCCAGAAUUACUUAUAAUCCUCACUUCCAGAGUAACCUAUUUAGGUCGAUGGUUGCCCCACUUAGAACUCCUCUAAUUUUAAAAAAAGGCAUUGUCCUUCUAUUCUGUCUCAUCUGUGUUUCAGGUAUCAGCACAGCACAGGCUUUGCAUGCACAGGUCACAUUUGUCACUGGAUCAUUCUUAGUAACUCAGUAGGUCUACACCCUUCACUAGAGCAGUUUGAUUGCAAGACCUGCCAUUAAUUAUAACCCAAUUCUUCAGAACAAAUGUCCACACAGGUUAGUGUCCCCCACUCCCUGAAUAAUGCACCAUGUCCAAGUACAACUGGUCAGUGCAGCAGGGUAGAAUAAAAUUCCUGCAAAUAAAGUGCCCUGUACACCUUCGUGUGCCAGAUUAAAAAAUAAAAGGGGGUGGGGGACGUAGGGGCAUAUUUGAAUUUCUGAAACACAGAGUAUCUUCAUUUAAAGAAAUGCCAAAAAACAGGGCACAUGCUAUUUUUGGUGGGAAUUACAUUGUCCUAUCCUGACAUCCACUACUAACUAUGGAUGCACCAAAAGCACUGGCCUAAAGGAUAGAGAAUAAGCCAAAAAUUUUCCUUGAAUAAAAAUGAAGGUUAUUUACCUAUAAUAGGAGUUCUUUGAGAUGGGUCUGCAUAUUCACACUUAUAGGUACUCACUGCCUUGUGGUGCCUUACAGCAAACACCUCUUCCAACAGUGUCAGCUAGAGCAGUAGCACCUUAGAGACUAACCAAUUUAUUUGAGCAUAAGCUUUCGUGAGCUACAGCUCACU